AUGUUAACCGCCUUACCGCCAUUGGCAGCUUCUGAAAGGAAUCAUCGUUACACUGGCGUCGGAUUCUUUCUUUCUUUAUUUAUUUAUUUCUUUCAUUCUUUCUUUCUUAUUCUCUUUCCAUUUUAUUCUUCCUUUUUUACAUUUUCUUUCUUUCCUUCUUUCUUCUGUUAUUCAUUCUUUCUUUUUCGUUCUUUCUUUCUUUCUUUUUUCUUAAGUCUUUCUUUUUUCUUUCUUUCUUCUUUUAUCUUUCUUUUUUCUUUCUUUCUUUCUUUCUUCUUUCUUUCUUUCUUUCUUCCUUUUUCUUUCUUUCUUCUUUCUUUCUUAUUUCUUUCUUUCUUCUGUCUUUCUUCCUUUUCUUUUUUCUUUCUUUCUUCUGUCUUUCUUCCCUUUUUUCUUUCUUUCUUUCUUUCUUCUUUCUUUCUUUCUUUCUUCUGUCUUUCUUCCGUAUUCUUUCUUCUUUAUUUCUUUCUUUCUUUUCUUUCUUUCUUUCUUUCUUUCUUUCUUCUGUCUUUCUUUUUUCUUUCUUAUUUCUUUCUUUCUUCUGUCUUUCUUCCCUUUUUUCUUUCUUUCUUUCUUUCUUCUUUCUUUCUUUCUUUCUUUCUUCUGUCUCUCUUCCUUAUUCUUUCUUUAUUUCUUUCUUUCUUCUUUCUUUCUUUCUUUCUUUCUUUCUUCUGUCUUUCUUCCUUAUUCUUUCUUCUUUAUUUCUUUCUUUCUUCUUUCUUUCUUUCUUUCUUCCUUUUUCUUUCUGUCUUUCUUUCUUUCUUUCUUUCGUCUUUCUUCCUUUUUCUUUCUUCUUUAUUUAUUUCUUUCUUUCUUUCUUCCGUUAUUCACUCAUUACUUAUUUCUUUUUGUGAUCUUUCGCGCGUUCAUUUUCUUUCUUUCAUUCUUUUUCCUCCUUUAUAA